AUCGGCGCCUCUCCUUGUCUUUCUCUUUCUCGCCACCGCGCCCAUCUCCCUCACUCCUCAGCCUGCUGCCCUCUGGUCGGAGCUGUACACCGGCAGUUCUUUAGGCCAGCCUCUUUCCCUCCCUCCUCGCCUUCCUCAACCGCCGCAUCAUAGGGGACCCACGACUCUGAAUUUUCAACAUCUUAUAGAGCUAUGGAUGAUAAUCUUUACGAUGAGUUUGGAAACUAUAUUGGACCUGAAAUCGAUUCCGACGAUCAGGAGAGUGAUAGGGAGGAGGAGGAAGAGGAGGAACUUCCUGAGGAUGAGGAGGCUAUGUCUGAUGAUGAACAUGGCCCUGGAAAGCCAAAUGGGUGGCUAGCAACAACUGAGGAUGUUGAUAUGGAUGGCCAAAUUGUCCUAGCCGAGGAUAAAAAAUAUUACCCAACUGCUGAGGAGGUCUAUGGCGAAGAAGUGGAAACUUUAGUCAUGGAUGAAGAUGAGCAGCCACUUGAACAGCCUAUUAUUAAGCCUGUGCGAAAUCUCAAGUUUGAGUUGGGGGUUAAGGAUUCAACUACCUAUGUAUCAACACAGUUCCUUUUGGGUCUCAUGUCAAACCCUAUGCUGGUCAGGAAUGUUGCUUUAGUAGGCCACCUGCACUGUGGGAAGACCACUUUCAUGGACAUGUUGGUCGAGCAGACGCAUCACAUAUCAACCUUUGAUCAGAACAGUGAGAAACAUAUGCGAUAUACUGAUACGAGAAUUGAUGAGCAGGAGAGGAGGAUAUCCAUCAAGGCAGUGCCAAUGUCUCUUGUUCUUGAGGAUAGCAAUUCGAAAUCAUAUCUUUGCAAUGUUAUGGAUACUCCUGGUCAUGUUAACUUUUCUGAUGAGAUGACAGCUGCUCUGAGGCUUGCUGAUGGUGCGGUGUUAAUUGUUGAUGCUGGAGAAGGAGUUCUGGUAAACACAGAAAGGGCAAUACGCCACGCAAUCCAAGACCGCAUCCCCAUUGUAGUUGUGAUAAACAAGGUUGACAGAUUGAUAACUGAGCUCAAGUUGCCUCCAAAGGACGCGUACCACAAACUAAGGCACACAAUUGAAGUCAUCAACAACCACAUUACGGCUGCAUCUUCAACUGCUGGAAAUGUUCAAGUUAUCGACCCUGCCCUUGGAAAUGUUUGUUUCGCGAGUUCCAGUGCAGGAUGGUCAUUUACCUUGCAAUCAUUUGCUAAGCUAUAUGUUAAACUCCACGGUGUUCCAUUUGAUGCUAACAAAUUUGCCUCUCGCCUUUGGGGUGAUUAUUACUACGAACCUGAUACCAGAAGUUUUAAGAAGAAACCACCUGUAAGUGGAGCAGAACGGUCCUUUGUUCAGUUUGUGCUUGAACCUCUUUAUAAAUUAUAUAGUCAAGUGAUUGGAGAACAUAAAAAGAGUGUAGAGGCCACACUCUCUGAACUCGGAGUGACUUUGAGUAAUGCAGCUUAUCGCUUGAAUGUUAGGCCACUGUUAAGAUUGGCAUGUAGCUCUGUUUUUGGUAGUGCCACAGGGUUUACAGACAUGCUGGUUCAACACAUCCCAUCUGCAAAAGAUGCUGCACCGCGGAAGGUUGAGCACAUCUACACUGGUCCUAAGGACUCCCCAAUUUAUGAGGCCAUGGAGAACUGUGAUGCAUCAGGUCCUCUAAUGGUUAAUAUUACCAAACUGUAUCCUAAAUCAGAUUGCAGCGUCUUUGAUGCCUUCGGCAGGGUCUACAGUGGAGAAAUUAUGACUGGCCAGACGGUACGUGUACUGGGAGAAGGGUAUUCUCCCGAUGAUGAAGAAGACAUGACAGUGAAAGAAGUGACCAAAUUAUGGGUCUACCAAGCUCGUUAUAGGAUUCCUAUUAGCAAAGCCCCUCCUGGUUCUUGGGUUCUAAUUGAAGGUGUGGAUGCUUCCAUUAUGAAGACUGCCACACUCUGCAACUUGGAAUAUAAUGAAGAUGUCUAUAUAUUUAGACCCCUUCAGUUCAACACUCUUCCUGUGGUGAAAACUGCUACAGAGCCAUUGAAUCCCAGUGAGCUGCCAAAAAUGGUGGAGGGUCUUAGGAAGAUCAGCAAAAGCUACCCAUUAGCUAUCACAAAGGUUGAAGAAUCUGGGGAGCAUACAAUUUUGGGCACUGGAGAGUUGUACUUGGAUUCCAUAAUGAAGGACCUCAGGGAGCUUUAUUCAGAAGUGGAAGUAAAGGUGGCAGAUCCCGUUGUCUCAUUUUGUGAAACAGUUGUGGAAUCCUCUUCAAUGAAAUGCUUUGCUGAAACUCCAAACAAAAAAAAUAAAAUUACAAUGAUUGCGGAGCCACUGGAGAGAGGACUUGCAGAGGACAUUGAAAAUGGCAUUGUAAGCAUUGACUGGCCCAGGAAAAAGCUUGGCGACUUCUUCCAGACAAAGUAUGACUGGGAUUUGCUAGCUGCGCGGUCUAUUUGGGCAUUUGGUCCUGAGAAGCAGGGGCCUAAUAUUUUGUUGGAUGAUACACUGUCUAGUGAAGUGGACAAGAGUUUGCUCAGUGCAGUUAAAGAUUCUAUUGUGCAAGGGUUUCAGUGGGGAGCUCGAGAAGGCCCUCUAUGCGAUGAGCCAAUCAGAAAUGUUAAAUUUAAAAUAGUAGAUGCCAAGAUUGCUCCUGAGCCACUGAACCGUCAAUCCGGCCAGAUCAUUCCAACUGCUCGACGCGUGGCUUAUUCGGCUUUCCUUAUGGCUACACCUAGGCUCAUGGAACCAGUGUAUUAUGUGGAGAUACAAACUCCAAUAGACUGUGUUUCCGCAAUAUACACAGUUUUAUCGCGUAGGCGUGGUCACGUCACUGCUGACGUUCCACAGCCAGGGACCCCAGCCUACAUCGUUAAGGCAUUUUUACCGGUGAUAGAGUCGUUUGGAUUUGAGACAGACUUGAGGUAUCAUACUCAAGGGCAGGCAUUUUGCGUAUCCGUAUUUGAUCACUGGGCUAUCGUCCCUGGAGAUCCGUUGGAUAAAAGUAUAGUUCUACGUCCGUUGGAGCCAGCCCCAAUUCAACAUUUAGCUCGUGAAUUUAUGGUGAAGACGAGGCGCCGCAAGGGAAUGUCGGAAGAUGUGAGCAUUAACAAAUUCUUCGAUGAGGCUAUGGUUGUUGAACUGGCUCAGCAGGCUGCCGAUCUUCAUCAACAAAUGAUCUGAACUUUUCAUUUGUUUGGCUCGAUAUCGCGGUUUGGUAGAUGCUACACUUUGUUACCUACGUAUAUUUUGUUGUAAUACACUUCAAAUUCUGUGAUUUUAAUGUGUUCAUGUGUGCUUUGUCAAGCAAACAUCGACCCAAAUUAAUGACUUUAAAAGGAUUUAAACCUCAA